UAGAUUUUUAAUAUGAGUUCGAAGGACAAGGCCACCCCAGAGGUAUACAAGAAGGUUAAGACACUUGGAGAAGGCUCGUUCGGUAAAGCAUAUCUUGUAGAAUGCCAAAGUGACAAGAGCAAAGCAGUUAUCAAGCAGAUUGACAUCACCCAAAUGUCUGAAGAGGAGAAGAAGGAAACUCUUGACGAAGCAAAGAUCAUGGAGCAUCUCGCACACCCCAACAUUAUUACUUUUAGAGAGGUUUACAAGACAAAGAGAGGGAAACUCUGCAUUGUCAUGGAUUACGCUGAUGGCGGUGACUUACAAGGGUAUUUGAGGAACUGAGGUGGAUAUUUAAAGGAAGAUUUGAUACUCAGCUGGUUUACUCAAAUCUGUUUAGCUAUAAAGCAUGUACAUGAUAGGAAAAUUAUUCACAGAGACUUGAAGAGUCAAAAUAUUUUCCUCACAAAAUCUAAAUUAGUAAAAUUGGGAGAUUUCGGAAUAGCAAGAGUUUUAAGUCAUACGAAGGAUAUUGCAAAGACUGUUGUCGGUACUCCAUAUUAUCUCUCACCAGAAAUUAUUGAAAACCAGCCUUACAGCUUCUCUUCUGACAUCUGGUCUCUCGGAGUCCUCCUCUACGAAAUGUGCUGACUGAAACCUCCAUUCGAUGCUGGCUCUCUGCAUGACCUAGCCAAGAAAAUUGUGAAAGGAAAGUACUCUUCCAUUCCAUCCAGAUACAGUGACAACAUGUCUCUGCUGAUCGGAACACUUCUUAAAGUAGAUCCGAACGAUAGACCGAACAUCAACCAGAUCCUGAAGUUCCCGCUGAUCAGCGACCAGGUUCCUUCAAUCCUAGACGAAGACACUUUCAAAGAAGAGUUCUCGCACACAAUCAUCCACAACAAGAUGUAUUUCGAGAAGCCUGACAAGAAGGAGGACUCCAAGGAAGAGUCUAAGCUACCGUCCGUCCCGGAGGAGCCCAAGAGCUCGACUGCCGCCAGUGACGACGACACUGCUGAAGAGUACUACAAGAAGUAUGUGAAGCAAUUUACUUCGGAUCCUUCUAGCAAAUCAGGGGAAAGCGACGAGUCUUAUUCCGGAUUCUCUGCUGCGAAGAAGUAGGUACAAGUGUGAAAAAGAGUAGAAUUGGCUAAUUUGGAAUAAUUCUUUAGAAUCUUUAUCU